UGCUGUGUUUACAUUUGGAAAAACUAAAUUUGCUGAAAAUAUGCCCAGUAAAUUCUGGUUUAAAAAUGAUGUACCUACACAUCUUUCAUGUGGAGAUGAACAUACUGCUAUUGUUACAGAAAAUAAUAAACUUUACGUGUUUGGCAGUAACAACUGGGGUCAGUUAGGAUUAGGAACAAAGGCAACUGUCUACAAGCCAACAUGUGUUAAAGCUCUCAAACCUGAAAAAGUGAAAUUUGCUGCCUGUGGGAGGAACCACACCCUAGUUUCGACAGAAGAAGGCAUUGUAUAUUCAACUGGAGGAAAUAAUGAAGGGCAGUUGGGACUUGGUGAUAUUGAAGAGAGAAAUACUUUUCAUCCAAUUAGAUUUUUUACAUCCCAGCAUAAGAUUAAACAGCUCUCUGCUGGAUCUAAUACUUCAGCUGCCCUAACUGAGGAUGGAAAACUUUUCAUGUGGGGUGACAAUUCUGAAGGACAAAUUGGUUUGAAUGGUAUAGUUAAUACAUUUGUUCCUCAGCAAGUGAACGUUGGAAAACCUAUCUCUUGGAUCUCUUGUGGAUAUUACCAUUCAGCUUUUGUAACAAGUAAGAAACAACAUUUUGGAUUCAUCAUGUUACCUCUAUGUUAUUACUAAAUUAAUAAUGAAAUGA